AUGGAAGCCCAAAACCACCAGCGUAACAUUGCUUUCUUCCCCUUAAUGGCUCAAGGCCAUGUGAUCCCAACCAUUCACAUGGCCAAGCUAUUUGUUUCCAGAGGUCUCAAAGCCACCAUCAUCACAACCACUGUAGAUGCACCUUUCAUCCUCAAGAAGAUCGAAACCUCAGGUACCCAUAUCAACAUUUUCACGAUCAAAGUGCCUGCUGUUGAGGUGGGUUUGCCAGAACACUGUGAGAACGUCCACUCUGUUACUUCACCGGAAAUGCAAGAAAAGUUUUGCAAAGCCACAACCUUGCUUGGACCGCAGCUUGAGCUGUUCUUGAAGCAAUGGAGACCCGAUUGCCUUGUUGCUGACAUGUUCUUCCCUUGGGCUACUGAUGUGGCAUCAAAGCAAGGGAUUCCGACUCUCAUUUUCCAUGGAACUAGUUACUUUGCCUUGUGCGCUAUGCUGUGUGUGUAUCUGUAUAAGCCUCACAAUCAGGUUUCAUCUGAUUCAGAACCUUUUGUUAUUCCUAACUUACCCCACAAGAUUGAGCUGGAUAGAAAGAAAAUUCCUGAUUUUUAUAAGGAUGGAGUUGAAAAUGAAUUUAAAAAGCUGUAUGAAGAGUCUAUGGAAGCACUGAAGAGGAGUUAUGGGGUUCUUGUUAACAGCUUUUAUGAGCUUGAACAUAGUUAUUCUGAUCAUUACAUCAAUGUUUUAGGGAUAAAAGCUUGGCAUAUAGGCCCACUUUGGUUAUGCAAUGAAGACGAAGAUCAUAAACUCUCAACUGAUGAUCAUGAAUGCAUGAAAUGGCUCGACAAAAAGAAGUCUAAUUCAGUUAUUUAUGUAUGCUUUGGGAGUUUAUCAAAUUUUGGUGAUGCUCAGCUGUUAGAGAUCGCAAUAGGUCUUGAGGCUUCAGGGCAUCAGUUCAUUUGGGUUGUCAAUAAACAAAAGAACAUUGAAGAAACCUGGCUGCCUAAAGGAUUUGAAGAGAGGAUUGAAGGGAAGGGAAUGAUCGUAAGAGGGUGGGCACCGCAGGUGAUGAUUCUUUCGCAUGAAGCAGUGGGAGGGUUUGUGACUCAUUGUGGGUGGAACUCGACACUUGAAGCAGUGUGCUGUGGUGUUCCCAUGGUGACAUGGCCUCUGCUUGCAGAUCAGUUUUACAAUGAGAAGCUGAUAACGCAAGUGCUUGAGAUCGGGAUUGGCGUUGGUGCUCAAGAAUGGACUAGUAGAGUGGAUGGUGAGAUAGUGAAGAGUGAGAACAUAGAGAAGGCUGUGACAAAGGCAAUGGGGGGUGAAGAAGCAGAGGAAAUGAGAAGCAGAGCCGGGGGUUAUGCAGAAAUGGCGAGAAGGGCUAUUGAAGAAGGGGGCUCCUCUUACUCUGAUCUUGAUAAAUUGAUUGAAGAAUUAAGGUCACAUGCCAUUUCUAGAGGAACAAAUUGAAUUUAACAUGUUUAUGUGUAAUGUGAUUUCUUUAAUCUUACUAUAUAUUGAUGCCAGCUAGAUG